GGCAAACGCGGAAGAGAUAAGUGGACAAUAACAAACCGACUGAUGUCAGUAGCUUCAACACAACUUGUUGCUACGUUAGGUAGCUAGAGCAACUGGUGUUACGUUGUCGUUAACGUUAGUUUAGCGGCAAGCUUAUUUUAACGUGUUUUGAUCAGCCAUGUCGUUGUUUAGUGUACAAGCGAGAAAGCAUACAGCGUAUUAUGACCAACUAAUGGCCCCACCUCGGACACCGGGCAGAGAGCGCCCGGCUCAGAGAAAAUCGGCGGAGGCAACGAAAUGCAAACAUGAUAUAACAUCUGGAGACUCUGCGUGUGAAGACAGCAGGUCAUCGGAUAAAAGCCGAAAGGGGAACAGGACUUUUGUCGUUUCUGCCCUCUCAAAAAGCGGCAGCGGGCAGCAAACUCCCUACGGAGGCCGACUCACUCUGCAAAGGAGGUCAAGAAGGAAGACCGGGACUGAAACAGCAGAGACAACGCUGGUAGAAAGCAGCCAGAGCACCACACCAGCCCCGGAGAAGAGACUGACCCUGAAGCGCAGGACACGGACCCCCUCCAUGGGUAAAAGCACACAUGGGUCGCGUGGGGUUAGCGGCGCUGGACUGCAGACCACUCCAAAAGUUCUCAGCGAGCCAAACGGUAGGGCUGCUGGUGUAUUCAGGUCUACGAGUUUAAGAGAAAGUACCUGUAAAAGCAAAGGUGCUGCUUCUGUGGAAACCCAGGGGAGGUCUGCACACAGCAGGACGCCCUCCAAAUAUUCUUCCACAAGUAGGCAGCUAGAAGACCAAGCCCAAACCUUCAAGACACCUACCAAAAAGACCCCGUUUGGAAAAAUUGCAGCCAGGAGAGACGUGUUCGAGAGAAUGGCAGGGAAAGACGCUCCUAAACUAGAGGCAGUCAAAUCUGCAAGUCUAGAGGGGCCCAAAUCCAGAAUACAGCAAGCGGAGUACACCAAACCCGUGGCAGGUCCCCGGGUCAUCAACGCGUCUACAGGUGUGCACAAGCCAACCACUGCCCUGCAGGUGAGGAAGACCUCUACCUCAAGCCAAAAGGGAGAAGUUACCACAGCAAGGACUUCCACGAUUGCUGCUCCACCUACCAUGCAGCACCUGUCCUGUUCCAGCGAGAUUCAAGAGAACCAGGAUUCAUUCAAGAUGGAGAACAGUGCAGUGACUGUCGCGGUCCGAGUAAGGCCUUUCAAUGCCAGGGAAAAGGCAGAGAAAACCUUACAGGUCAUCUACAUGAACAAUCAGGAGACUGCUGUCCAGCAUCCAGGCACCAAACAGAGAUACAACUUCACGUACGACUUCGCCUUCUGCUCAGUGGAUGACUGUGAUCCCGCCUUCGCCAGCCAGGAGACAGUGUACAAGACACUGGCUAAACCUCUGCUGCUGAGGGCCUUUGAAGGGUUCAACACUUGUCUGUUUGCUUACGGCCAAACAGGCUCCGGGAAGUCGUACACGAUGAUGGGUUUUGGAGAGGAGGAAGGCGUAAUCCCUCGAUUCUGCCAGGAGCUGUUUUCUAGAUUGGCCUCUAUGGAAAAUGAAGAGGUCAAAUGCCAUGUAGAGAUGAGCUUAUUGGAAGUCUACAAUGAGAAGAUCCAUGACCUGCUGGUGACAAGAGAACAAACAAACCAGAGAAGGAUGCCUCUGAGGGUAAGGGAACAUCCAGUCAAUGGUCCCUACGUUGCAGACCUCUCUGCGAACAUUGUGAGCUCCUACAAUGAAGUUCAGGGGUGGCUAGAGCUAGGAAACAAGCAGAGAGCCACAGCAGCCACCGGAAUGAAUGACAAGAGCUCCAGGUCUCAUUCUGUCCUCACCCUGGUCAUGACCCAGACUCAGACUGAGUUUGUGGAGGGUGAGGAACAUGACCACAGCAUCACCAGCAGGAUAAACCUGGUGGACCUGGCAGGCAGCGAGCGCUGUAACUCUGCAAAAACAAGUGGAGACCGACUCAGGGAGGGUGCUAGCAUCAACAAGUCCCUGCUUACACUUGGAAAGGUCAUCUCUGCCCUAUCAGAGCAGGCAAUGACGCAGAAGACGGUCUUCAUACCGUACAGGGAGUCUAUCCUGACAUGGCUGUUGAAAGAGAGCAUCGGUGGUAACUCUAAGACGGCCAUGAUCGCCACAAUAAGUCCAGCUGGCAGCAAUGUGGAGGAAACCCUAAGCACACUGCGCUAUGCCCAGCAGGCUCGCACCAUCAUCAAUGUGGCAAAAGUCAAUGAGGACACCAGCGCCAAGCUCAUCAGAGACUUGAAGGCGGAGGUGGAGAAGCUGCGGGCCGCCCAGGCGAGCUCCCAGGGGAUUGAACCGGAGAGGGUCAGGCUGUUCCAGCAGGAGAUCGUCGGCCUGAGAAACAGACUCUGCCAGCAAGAGAGGGAAAUGAUUGAGGCCAACCGGGCAUGGAGGGAGAAACUGGAGCAAGCUGAAAUCCGCAAACGUGAAGAGACCAAAGAGUUGCAGAAAGCCGGUGUGACAUUCAAAGUGGACAACCGUCUUCCUAACCUCGUGAAUCUGAACGAGGACCCUCAGCUGUCUGAGAUGCUUCUCUACAUGAUCAAAGAGGGGCGAACCACCGUGGGCAAGCUCAAGUCAAAGUCCGAACACGACAUCCAGCUGAACGGAGCCCUCAUUGCUGACCAACACUGUGUGAUAACAAAUCUUCAGGGCACUGUCAGCAUCACUCCGAUGGAAAACGCGAAGACCUUCGUUAAUGGAAACCUCAUGUCUGAAUCAACAGUCCUCCAACAUGGUGACAGGGUGAUUCUCGGAGGAGACCACUACUUCCGCUUUAACCAUCCAGCAGAGGUGCAGUCUGGGAAGCGUGUUUCAUGCUGGACAGGCGCAGGCGAUGGCCACAAAGACUUUGAAUUUGCCAAAAAUGAAUUACUCGCAGCCCAAAGAGCUCAGCUUGAGGCAGAAAUUGAAGAAGCCCAUUUGAAGGCUAAAGAGGAAAUGAUGCAGGGGAUCCAGAUGGCAAAGGAGAUGGCCCAGAAAGAGCUAUCAGAGCAGAGAGCGCUUUAUGAGGAGCGGAUCCAGGCUCUGGAGCAAGAGCUGGACGAGGAGAGUGAGCAGAAGCGUCAGCAGGAGUUGGCGCAGCAGAGGGUUGCCAGCCAGAUGGCAAAGCUGAAAAUGGCCAAGCAGGAGCUGGAGCAGGAGGUGGACACGCACAAGAAACGCGUCCGCCUGCACAUGGAGGCUCAGGCAAUGGAGGAGCACCGUGUCUGUCAAGCGAAGAUUGUUGACGCCCUGGAGGCAGAGAAAAGAAAGAUCGGCAAAGAGCUCGAGGAGAUGCAGAAGAGAAGAGCGUUGAGGGAAAACCACACUCCCCGAAACGUUUCUCCUCAGUGGGAUGCCAUGAAGUUGUCUCUGAUGAUUGAGGAAGCCAAUAAGAUCAGUGCCAAACUAAAGAAAAACACUGUCUUUAGCAGGCACGAGAGCUCUGAAGACGAGAACCUGCAGCAGGGUGGUCUGCUACAGGUGCGAGUUCAAAACAAAAAGCUGGGGAUCACCACUUUCUGGAGCCUUGAAAAGUUCCAGAACAACAUCGCUGCCAUGAGGGAACUCGAUCAGGGGGAUUCCACCUCUAAAGAUGACGAUGUGUUUUAUGACCCCGAUGAUGAGUGGGAGCAAGAUAUAUCGGCCUCCUCUGCUUCCACCUCCUCCUUUUCACGGCGAAGGAGCAGGAGCUUGUUGAAAAGCAGGAGAAUUUCGGGACGUCUCUACGAGAUUCGGGUGCAUCCGAUUCAGAGCCUCCACAACAGCUCCUCACAGUCUGCUGGGUUGAUGGGUGUGGCAAAACCGCCUUCCACCCAUUCCAGCAGCUCAGACACUUCCACGCCGGGCAUCUGCAAGGAGCUGAUUGGCCAGUCAGUGUCCCGUCUGCGGAGUUGUAGUGUGACUGAAGAGAGCAUGGCAGACAGGCUGGCAUCUGAUCUGCACUUGAUAUAUGAGGCAGUCAAAACCAUAUCUGACCUAUACGACAGCCUGGAUGAUGACAGCCAGGAGAACGUGUUUGUGUGUAACUUGGUGGCCCAGACUCACCUGGUGAAGUCCACGGCAGCCGUAGAGAGUGCCGUGCUUGUCACCAUGCUGUGGUUGGCCAGCGUCAAACCCUCCUCCGGCCGGCUCUACACCAUCGCUGAGGAACUCAAGAGCCAAGUCAAGAAGAUGGGAGGAUUUUUCCAGCUGCUCAUUCAGGGUUGUGAAUCUGAGAUCACAUCAAUGGUGACGGAGGCGAAGAGGAAGAGCAGUCAGUGCCUGGAUGCAGCGCUGCUUGCACUCGGCCACCUGGCGGCGGUGACGGGCAUGCCGCUGAAUGUUGCGGCGCCGGGGGCCCAGGCCACAGGCAAGCAUUCGGGUGUUGUGUAUCUGCUGAGGGGGACUGAUAAGGGCGUCCACUCUCUUUUAAAAGAGAGCUUCACUAUCACCAGAGAAAUGCUGAGAGACGCUCAGCUGUCCUACCCCAGAAACCCAGUCCUGCAGAGCCUGAAAUCCAAGACGCUUGACUUAGCUUGUUCUCUGCAGAACUACAUGAAUUGCCAUAUCACGGAGAGAGAGAGCAACCCAGGGGACGAGGGAGUGAAAUGGGAGGAGGAGGCCUCAGCUUCCCAUUUGAAGAGACUGAGGUCUACAGCGGCCAAGCUGCUCCACCUUAACCACGCCAUCAGACAGCUGCAUUCCUGUCUGUCUACCGCCCUGCGAGAAACUCACAAAGACUCCAACCUCAGCAGCAGCAGAGAGCUGAUCUCCUCCUCUGCCAAGGCUGUUGAUGAGCUGAUCACUGGUCUGUCCAAAGAGGACUCAUCGAAUCCUUCCAUGCAGCUUCCCUUUCUCCAGAGUGUCAUGGCGGCACGAGACGAGCUCCACUCUGCCCUGCAGUCCCUCUCCUCCUCCUGGGACCAGCAGGAGCUGGGAGAGAGCAGAGACUCUUUUGCUUCAGACAAGAGCACAGAGGAUGAAAUCAGUAAAAUCAAUCACAGUUCUGUUAGAAAUCGAGUCGUGAGCAAGACAGUUUACUUUCUCCCUCCAGGUGCUUCAACAAACGGCAGCCUACACUGGGUGUGAUGUGCAUUUUUAAAUGUAUGACAUGUUACUCUUUUAAGUGGUGCUUACAUCAUGUAUGAUUUACUGUAAAAAUUAUCUGCUGAUACAGAGAAAUCUUGUAAUGGUGACACCAAACAGGCUUUGGGUAUUUUCUUUUUAAGCUUCGCCAUCACCAACCUGGCAUCACAUGCAAUGAACACUGCAGAGUAUUACUUAUUGUUGAUAUACAAAGAGCUAAAAUAAGUUAUCCACAUGCAAGCAACUUGACUUUCCAAAUGUUUUAUAACAGGCACUGCCACUAUUUGCACUCAGGAGAGACUUGUAUAUUUGGUGUUUCUUCUUAAAACAUGAACUUUAACAGGAAGUAUUUUUAGUGUUUUUUAUCACAUGUUUAAAAUAUAGAAUUGUUAAUGCUUCUGCAAUAAAAUUGUUUGAUUUUUGUCAAAA